AGUAUCCGUACAAAUUUCCCACAAUUUACCAUUCUUAUCAACUCACUCGUCGGCCUCUUUUCUCUCUCUUCAAUCAUUCAUUAUGCUCGCCCUCGUGCAACGGGAACUGCCUGUUGUUGAGGAUUGCGAAGUAUGAUACUUUCGCGGAAGAAAACUGUCAGAACAGCACUGGUUGUUUCAGCCGUGAUUGUUCUUUACUAUGCUUCAGUUCUGUUGAACCCGGCCUUUGGAAUCUCAAGCUUUAUGUCGUUGUUGGGCGCGAAGUAUCCUUCGCAGGCACUAUUUGAGAAUCGUGCGUUAAAUGAAGCGCAAUGCAGAGCUACGUUUCCUGGCCUUACCAAGGAAAUCGACGAUGCCGUCGCGCGGGGUCCUUUUAAGCUUGUGAGGGAGCCACAGAACUAUCAAGGUCUGGUCCAAGGGAGAAUAAAAGAUGGAAAGCUCUAUAUCAUCUCUGCAGACAGUCGAGCCUCUCGACAGAUGUUAUACGAACGAGAUGCCGUCUUACGUCAAAUCCAUCGUGCAAUAACCACAUCUCCAACGCCUCUGCCUGAUACAAUCUUCACCUACUCCAUCAUCGACAACCCCCGGCAAAACAGCUGGUCCUUCUCCCGCGAUCCAAAAAUGCUGGGAAACUAUUGGAUUAUGCCACAUUUCAGUUUUUGGUCUUGGCCCCUCCCUUUUAUUGGCACUAUGGACGAAGCCCUUUCCAGAAUUGAGAAUGUUGAGAAGGAAACGGCCUGGGAGCAGAAGAUAGAUAAGGUUGUGUGGAGGGGUACUGCUUGGUUCAACUCGAUUGGCAAUACGGCCUUGAGACCGCAUUUACUUGCCGCCACGAAAGAAAAAGAGUGGGCGGAUGUAGAAGGGUUAGAAUGGGAGUCGAACUCGAAAGGAGCUAACAACUCCAUCAAAAUUGAGGACUUCUGCAAAUACAAGUAUAUCGUCUAUACGGAGGGCAUAACCUACUCUGGCCGACUCCCCUUCCACCAAGCCUGCAAGUCGAUCAUCAUCACCCCUCCACCUAGCUACCUGAUGCAUACUACGCACCUAAUGCGACCUCUCUUCUCCUCAACCCUGCCCUUUUCCCCGUCCGCCAACUCGAAAGUUGGGGCAGGGCCCAACCCAAGAUGGACGCAUUCUUACCCGCCUUCGCAAGCCAACGUCGUUUUUGUUGACCCGGACUGGGCAGACUUAGAGCAGACAGUGAUGUGGUUGAGGGCGCAUCCUAUUAUUGCUGAGGGGAUUGCGGAACGGCAGAGGGAGCUAGUAGCAGACAGAGGACUGCUCUCUGAAGCUUCAGAGGCCUGUUACUGGCGCUCACUGAUCAGGGGAUGGAGUAAAGUUGCGAUACUUGAAGACAUUGCCUGGAAAAGUGUCGAAGAUGGGGUUAGGUGGGAGACAUUUAGUCUGACUGCAAAGUCUGGAUGGGAAUAGUGUGAAUCAAAACUUUAAGAGACACUCGGAUGGUAACACAGAC